AUGUCAUCACCUGUAACUCCACCAAACAGACGUCUUACCCUCCCCAGUAAUCCGACUUCUCCCUCCAAUGCUUCGUUCUCUUAUAGAAUAACAGUAGGCAAUAAAGUCUCGGAGGAUACACUGAAGGCGUGUGCUGAGCUCUUCAGCUCCAACUACGGUAUUUGGGGUGAUGAAGCAAGCAAAAUUUCUAGUUUCACCAAAGCUGGGCAAAAGGUGAAGAUGACCGGCGCAAGGCUUCGAGCCCAAUGUUUGUCUCACCCAGAGAAUACUGUCCUGGUGACCUGCCACCUCCAGGUUGAUCCGUCUGAGAGUGAACGUCCCAAACUCUGUGGUCAUGCGUUUGCUUCCAUGUGGAAUUAUGGUGAAAACAAAAUUGGCUGGGUGACUCAACUUGUUGUUGAUGAAGCAGUCCGUCAGCGUUAUGUUGCGACACAGCUCUUGCAAACACUCAAAGUCCAUGCCCCAUUCUCCCGCAUCAACAUUGUUGGUCUGGUCUCAUCCCACCCUGCUGCUUGCAAUGCUUUGGCGAAAUAUGCUGCGGCUGAUCUCAAAGAUGUCGACUUGGACUUCAUUCGUGCACAUAGGGAUCCGCACGGAUCCCUACGUGCACAUGCCAAGGGGAUUCUGCAAUCCUCCCCCAUCAGUUAUCUGAAUGACGCUCAACUGAGGGGCACACUCUUUGAAGAUGUCUGCCGCAAUGGAUCCAUCUCGUCUGUGUUCACCCAGUUCUAUGUUGACCAUGCGGAGCCUUUGAGGGUGCUGUCGCAUUACCAGAAUAAAGGUCAAUGGUGCUUGGGUGAGCUUGCUGAUGGACAUGAGUUUCUCGCUAUUUUUCCUAUCGUGCCUGUGAGCCCAAUUUCGCCCAUCCGAUUACAAGCAUCCUAG